AUGGAAAACAACAAAUUGAACACUUUUUUUUUAAAGAAGAACAUCAAAGAUCAGAUAAGUUAUCGUGUUCGAUUAAUUGCUUCAGUUGAUUGUAUUCGCUUUCUUGUACGACAAGGUCUUGCAUUUUGUGGUCAUGAUGAGUCCCAAGAGUCUAAUAAUCAAGGUAACUUUCUCAAACUUCUAACGUUUCUUGCUAAUCAUAACGAGGAAGUUAGAGUUGUUGCUUUAAAAAAUGCUCCUGAGAAUCUUAAACUGACUUCGCCAAAGAUUCAGAAGGACAUUGUAAACGCUUGUGCUAUGGAAACAAUUAAUGUUAUUAUUAGAGAUAUGGAAGAUGUUGUUUUUUCGAUUUUAGUUGAUGAAUCUCGUGAUGUAUCCAUAAAGGAACAAAUGGUCGUACUGUUUCGUUAUGUGGACAAGAGAGGGUGUGUGAUUGAGCGAUUCAUCGGUACUUUUCUCACCAUAGUGUCUAAUGUGGUGAAUGUUGUUGGAGCCUCAUCUAAGCGUCAUGACAUUCUCCGGGAAAAACAAGCUCUUAAAGUCAUCGAAGGCUUAAAAGGUGGAGAACUUUUGAGUGGAAGAGGCCAAAAUCAAGAACGUGGAAUUAAGCGUCCAUGUGAUACACGUUGGAGAUCACACUUUGGUACUUUGGCCUAUACCGUGGCUUUGUGGCUUGCCGACUCGUCUAGCAACCUCUCCGCGUCUACUACUGAGAGGGACUGCCUCAUGGCCCGGAUCCAGGAGCUUGAGAAAGAGCUUGAGAACACUCAGGCUGAUCUGCAAAUGGUCCGGACCAAACUUGCUGACUCGUCGAGAAGGAAGCUGAAGGCGUGUUCUUCUCCACAUUCUCUUAAACUUUUAAUGCCUUUCAGGCAGGUGGUUGCGACCAGACAUGGAGUUGAGAUCAGUCAUCUUGACAUGGACUCCGUGAACGUGUUCGACAUUUACAGCACUCCCGAGACUCCCACGGCUCCCCGGAGCAAAAAGAAGGCAAGCAAGAGGCAUCCUGAGGAAAGCAGCAAAGCACCUCAGGCUAAGAAGCCUCACAAUGCAAUGCUGACCCUUACUGCCGGCCGUCUCCACUCGGGUGUUGUUACCGAGCAGGCCAAAUCUUUGGAGCAACGACAUGCUGAUGAACUCAAAGCUGCCGCAGAGAAAUAUGUCGAACAACUUGCAAUGGUGCUUGAGGAGAAGAAUAAACUGGCUGAGGAGCUGAAGGCGAAGAAAAAGUCUCUGGACAAAGCCAUCAAUCAGAGGGACCAGUUCAAGGAGUUUAACCGCGUCAAUUACCACGCGGCUAAACAACUCGAGGAGGACUUGGCUGCGAGUAGACAGGAGAAUACUACCUUGGAGGGCUGGAUCGAGGAGCUUAAGAAAGCCAAUCCUAGAAACUUAGAAAGGGGUUUGUCAAUUGUUUUUUCUGGGAUUAGUGGUUGGGCUGUUGAUUUUGUUACUCAGAAAGUUUUGAGGGAGUGA